UGUAUUCUGUGCACAGAAAGAAAAAAGAAAAAAAAAAAAAAAGGGAAACAGAAAACAUUGCAACAAAAAGAGUAGGUGAAGUCGAAAUUUUUGGUGAUUUGUUCAAAGUUCAUUGGCGGAGUUUCCUAUAAAUACCAAAAGCGGAGGGUGUUAUUUUUCUUACAUAUCACAUUGCUUCCCUUAGGCUUGCUCACUCUCUUGUCGGAUCUCAAAGAGUGUGAGAUGGCAACAACAUCAGCAACCACCUUCUCAAUUGGAUCAACUGUCUCCUUUGGAAGCAGGGGGAGCUUGCUUCCAAAAACAAAACCUUUUGCUGUAAGGUUCACCUACCAGAAUUCACUCGCAAGUUUUAGUGGCCUCAAGGCAGCAACAUCUGUGAAGUGUGAAUCAGAAUCCUCCUUCCUUGGCAAGGAAAGCAGUGCAGCUCUUAGAGGCUCUUUUGUACCAAAAGCAGAGAAAGCAAACCAGAGGUCUCACUAUGGCCUACAGCCUCUGGCAUCUUACAAAGUGGCAAUACUUGGAGCUGCUGGAGGGAUUGGUCAGCCAUUGGCCCUUCUAAUCAAGAUGUCCCCACUAGUUUCGGCCUUGAAGCUGUAUGAUAUAGCAAAUGUCAAGGGAGUUGCUGCUGACCUCGGUCACUGCAAUACUCCUUCUCAAGUUCAGGAUUUCACUGGUGCUUCUGAAUUAGGAAAUUGUUUGAAAGGUGUGAAUGUAGUGGUUAUUCCUGCUGGAGUUCCAAGAAAGCCUGGUAUGACUCGUGAUGACCUCUUCAACAUCAAUGCCAACAUUGUUAAGACCUUGGUUGAGGCUGUCGCUGAUAACUGUCCUGAUGCCUUCAUUCAUAUUAUUAGCAACCCAGUUAACUCCACAGUACCAAUUGCUGCUGAAGUUCUGAAGCAGAAGGGUGUUUAUGAUCCAAAGAAGCUUUUUGGUGUUACCACAUUGGAUGUUGUGAGAGCUAACACAUUCGUUGCUCAGAAGAAAAACCUUAAGCUCAUUGAUGUGGAUGUUCCUGUUGUAGGGGGACAUGCUGGUAUCACCAUUUUACCCUUGCUGUCAAAGACAAAAGCGUCUGUUAGCUUUACUGAUGAAGAAGUGGAGCAAUUAACUGUCAGGAUUCAAAAUGCGGGGACAGAGGUUGUGGAGGCAAAGGCAGGUGCAGGGUCUGCCACCCUGUCAAUGGCCUAUGCAGCAGCAAGAUUUGUCGAAUCAUCCCUUCGUGCUCUGGAUGGAGAUGGGGACGUCUAUGAGUGCUCUUUUGUGCAGUCAGAUCUGACUGAUCUUCCAUUCUUUGCAUCUAGGAUCAAGCUUGGAAGGAAAGGGAUUGAAGCUUUGAUUCCAUCUGAUCUUCAAGGGUUAUCAGAGUAUGAAGAAAAGGCUUUGGAAGCUCUUAAGCCAGAAUUGAAAGCCAGCAUUGAGAAGGGAAUUGCAUUUGUGCAGAAGCAACCAGUUACUGCUUAAAACUCAAGUUUUUGAAGCUCAUACCUUGUUGAAACUAAGCCUACGAGAGAGAUAAGUAAGUUUAUUAAUUUCGUUGUCGAUUUUUCCCUGCAUCAGUACUUUCAGUUUUGUAGAAUGCAAGGGUUUUAGUUUAUUUUUCCAAUAUGAUGAUCAGGAGUAUGAAACUUAAAAAGGGUAUUUUGGUAUUGUCGAUGAGAAGAAUGUAAUCAAUUCUCGAGCAGAGCCUGUAGUACUUUUACAGUUUUGGAAUAACAUGGCUGAUGCACUAUAUAUCUUUCAUCACCAUGUCAAAUGUGUCCUUUGAUUCAACUUUCUUUUAAUUUUUCUGAUAGAAACAUUGGCAGGUUCCCAGGUCUCUUAAACCUAUAUACUAUAUGAUAAGAUUUUUGCUGCUGCAGAAGAUUAUUGGUUACCAUUUUUGCAUUAUAUAUAGGAUAUAGGUGAUUUCUCAGAGAAUGUUCAUUAUAUAUGUUCAGUCUUUUAUGACUAUGAUGCCAAUGAAUGGAUUUAAUUGAAGCAAACAUAUUUUUGUAAUU